AUGGGUGCCACGUGGAACGAUGCCGAUAACAACAGUCAAACUGUGGAGAAAGCAUCAAAAAAGAGUGAAGAAAAAACAGUGGAUACUAGUGAUGGGAAAAUGCCAUGUUUCAAACAGUCAGAUUGUUCAUCAUUGCUUCCACAUCCAAAUACUGGUUCCACCAAGACAGGAGAGCUUGGAAAUUAUGAUGCAACAGAAAUGAUGGCUGCUGCACAUGAAUCAUUUUCAACGAAGCAUCCAUGUGAGGAUAACAUCAAGAGGGAUGUUGAUGAGUUGCCCACAGUAGAAAAGGCUUCAGAUACUGAUUGCUAUACCCAGAGAAAUUCCUAUGCCAGUGAAAGUAAUGGAUGUGACAACUGUUCUAAUAAAAUUAUUUCCCUGCCAGUUGAAUUGGAUGCUGGCAAUAAUUUUAAUGUAGUCAACUCAGAAACAUUUAUCACAAGGGAUAUCAGUUCUGCACAAGUCAAUAAAUCUCCUGUUUCGAAUAAUUCAAUGGAUGAACCUACUGAUUCACGCUCUAAAUAUAAUAUCAGAAACCCAUCUGGAGAUAUGGUUUUUCAGACCAACUUGGCUAGUCCAUUAGUAACCUUCAAUCGAUGUUACAAAAGAAAAAAGAGGUUAGAUGGAAAUGGCAAACAAAGCAGCUUAUCGCACAAGGAGGAAAGCAUUUCAGUAUUAACCAAGUGGAGUAUGCUUGCAAAUACCAAUCCAUGUUCUAGUGAUGAAUCAUCUAGUGAGGAAUGUCCUGUAGAUAAUGUACCUGACCUUAAUCAAUCAGUGGAGCUUUCAGAAAAAGGGAAGGCAUUGAAUGAAAAGCAGGAUGAAACAUCUUGUAGAAGUUGCUCUAUGGUUUUUCUGACAGACCUUAAUCAAUCUGCUGAGCUUACAGAAAGAGGGGAGCUUUGUCAAACUCAAGAAAAAGUAUGGCUUCCUGGUGAUUCCCUUAAACCUUAUGGUUUGUCCAAAGUACUGAUUCUCCCUGUUCCCCUGCGGUUGUUUCUGGAAAAUGACAUGAGAGAGCAACUUUGUCAUGGGGAAGACACGGUAAAAAAUGCCUCUGAUAAAGACAGAAGAGAACUGAGCCACAGUUGUCUGAUUCACAAGGAAGACCAUCAUCUUCAUAAGGAUUGCCAGGGGGUCUCUACCAAAGUUGAUUCUAGAGAUCCCUAUCGUGCAGCCAAAGGCACUGAUCAGGAACUAGAAAAGUCCCAAAUCUUGUCUUGCGAGGCCAGUGAAAAUGUUUUCUGCAAUGACAUGAUGAAAACUGGAGAACACCAACUUCAGUUUGACCUGCCUAAUAAUUCUGCUGCAUUUUCAUGUGGUACAGAAGAGCACAUUGUGGAUUUAAACUUGGGUGCUGAGAAGCAUCCCCUUCAUUCGAGGAUGAGAGUUCGUGGACCUAAAUUGGAAUCUACAAGCAGUUGUUCUGCCAUUGCUGAAGAUAAAGUUUCUGAUUUGGACUUUUUAAAUGCUAGAAACACACAGCUGAUUUCAGAAGGAAAGGCUAUAGUUGGUGUUUGCUCAACUAGUACCCAACCUCAGGUAAUGAUGACUGAAGAAAGAAUGAGUGCUCAACAAACAAAAACCGAUAAAGCAAAACUGAUGCCAACUAUUUCUCUUUCUUUGGGUUUGUCUUUACCUGUGGAGCUCAAGACCAGAGGCAAUGAUUCUGUUAAUAGUUUGUCAGUAUUGCCUGUGUUACAUUCAACUACUGAAACUAGAGAUACUGUCCAAGAUGGAUUAUGUCUGUCUUCAUCUCCAACUCUGAAGCCAUUGCAUCCCAAGCACCAGGUAGUACUAGACAACAUUGUACACAGAACAAGAGCUUUAAAUGAAAGGGGAAAAUUUCAAGAAUAUUUGAAGCCACACCCUAUCAUGUGGUCUGAAGAGGAGUUGGAUUUUCUCUGGAUUGGUGUGAGGAGACAUGGUAGGGGCAAUUGGGAGGCCAUGCUAAGGGAUCCUAGAUUGCGGUUUUCACCAUUAAGGGUACCAGGGGACCUUGCUGAGAGGUGGGAGGAUGAACAAUUAAAACUUUUGAACGAUAUAGACCUUCAACAGUUCAUGUAUCCAGCAGCAGAAAGGGCAGCAGCAGUGGCAUCAUUAGGAAACAUUUGCUACUUGGAUUCUAAAUCAAGUUUCUGGGAGAGUAACCCUUUGAAGAAACCUCUUAACAGAUAUAAUUUUCAGAGUAACACCACUGCGCACAGUCAUAGGCUAACUACUCAUUCCAGAAAGGCCAAUUACAGCAACAUAGACAAGUAUGAGCCAGGAUUUUUCAAUUCUCCUAGCUUGAGCAUUUCCAAGCAGAACUCUUACUCGAAUGACUAUUCCUUUAAUUGUUCCGCAGCCACAAAUAAUUUGCCCCACUGGCUCAGAGAAGCUGUUAACACUCCUCCUCCAGUCAUGCCAAAUAUGUCUGCGGUGAUUUCAUUGAGUUCUCAUCCAGACAUGCUGGGAGCUUCAGAUCAUUGCUUUAAUACCAGCAAGUCAUGCUUUGUACCUCAAAAUUGGUUCAAUGGUUUGAGGCCAAAUGAGCUACACAUGCCAAAUGGUUCUCACUAUUCAACUUAUUCAAGAAGAAAAUAUGGGGUGGUGAAGAUGAACAAGUGUCUCGACCAUUGUGUCCGGAAACAGGAUGAUUUGAUUAUUAUUGAUAGUGGCACUUCUUCUGAAGAGACCAUAUCUGACGAUCACCGUGCCAGCUUGUAG